AGUAUCCCAUGCGGGUGCAAACCCCCGACUUCCAUCAAGUGUAAUUACCUAUCCAUGUCACCAAAAGGCACAAGCAAAACCCUCCCCAUUCAUAUACCCAUCCCCUGCCUCUCCUUAACCCCAUCCAACCUCUCUCCCACCACCUCUUUGUCUAGGUGUAUAACCCCAUCCAAAAUGAAACUCCUCCCUCUAGUACUCCUCCCAUUACCAGCAGCGACAGCCCUCUUCAACCCCGGGGGGCACUUCUACCCCCUCCUCCACCGCGCCUCCUGCCACGGCAACAACUGCAACCGCGCAGUAACAGGCACAGGAGCCCACCUCCCUCCCCUAACCCAACGCUCAGCCGAUUGUCGGUCUUUUCUUCUCACAACCGUCACCCCAGCAGCGACGACAAUAACAAAAAUAGUCGAGCCAACACCCGGCGCUAGACUCCUGAGACGAGAUGAACUGGAGGAAAUUGAAAAAAGGAAUGAGGUGAUGGCGAGACAGGCAACGAUAACCCCGACCAGGGUUCCAUCCUGGGUUGGUGGGAACUGCGGGAGCGGGCCCGACGAGUUCAGGACGGGGUGCUUGUGCUUUGGGGUUACGGGUGGUGUUAGUACUGCGCCUAGGAGGACUGUGACUGUUACCGAGACGUUGGAUUGGUGCGAGGAGUAGCUUUAUGCUCCCUUCAUGACACGGGGAUGUGAGGAAUUGGGAAUGAUGGUCAUGGAAUGGGGGCUGGAAAGGGAUAGGUUGCUGUACAUGUAACGAGAGAAGUUGUAAGAACGUUAAUCGUAAUAGAAAAACAAGGAUGAGGUUGGUUGGGGACGAUAAGGUAGAUGAUGAUGGCUCAUACCUGCUGAGUAUAAAGUUGGCUUUGGA